AUGGUUCCGCAAACGAAAGUGUUUGUCGGCAGCUUGCCCCAAGGUUCCAAGCCCGAAGAGCUGAGAAAACUGUUCGAACGGUUCGGUGUUGUGACAGAAUGUGAUAUAAUGAAUCGCUGCGGAUUCGUGCACAUGCAAACCGAGGAACAGGCCUCGGCAGCGAUUCGCAGUCUUAACAAUACUACUUUUAAUGGAGGCGUGAUAACAGUAGAAAGGGGACGCAUCAAAGAGCGUGGCCAACGUGGUGGUGGCGCCCGCGGAGGUAUGCGAGGCGGCAUGAGGGGCACAAUGGACCGCCGCGGCGGUGGUCCCAUGCGAGGCGGGCCGCCGACGCGCGACGCGCCGUACAUGAGGGACGCCCGCCCGAUGGGGCCCAUGAGAGGCGCCGACAUGCGCGGCCCACCGAUGGGCGGCGGGAUGCCGAUGCGCAACGGAAUGGGUGCCCCACCGUACGACCGUAGCAUGGAGCGGCCCAUGGGCGGCUACGAAGACCGCACGUACAACGGUUACGGCGGCGAAGACCGUCGCGGCUUCGCGCUGAUGGACGGACGCGCGCGCGAGCAGUACGGUGCGCCGCCGAUGUACGACGAGCGGCGCGCAUACGCCACCGAGGAUAGGACAGCCAUGUACCCGGAGGAAAUGCGUCCGAUGUACGGCGACGAGCGCGACCUGCUGGAGAGGCGCGCGCCGCUCCGAGGCCCCGGGCCCGGCGCGCUGCCGCCGCCCUACGAGCGCCCGCCGCCUCGCGCUGCGCCGCUGCCCGCCGCCGACAUGUUCAGCCGCCGCUCACCGCCGCCCAUGCGCGGCGCUGCCGGAGUCGCCGGUGGCUACGAGCGGGACGCGUACGCGCAGCAGUACCCGCCGAUGGGACGGGGGAGCCACACGGGUUGG